AUGGCGUUUUUGUUCAAACGGAGCCCGAAGACUCCUAAAGAGCUGGUUCGGGCGCUGAACGAACAGGUGGCGAAGCUUGACACAUCUAGUGAUCCAAAAAAGGUACAGGAGGAGGUGACGCGGUACUUACAAGGAAUUCGAACUAUUCUGAGUGGCGAUAAUACAGAUUCACAACCUCAGCCGGACCAAUUGGCUCAAUUAGCACAUGAGUUUUAUGCUACAGACGCGCUAUACCUUCUUCUCCAGCAUUUUGAGGCCGUUGAAUUUGAUACAAGGAAGACGGUUGUUUUCUUGUUCACUUCCCUUCUGCGUAGAAAGAUUGGCAAUCGAUCCCCUACGGUUGAUUAUCUAAUGCAACGUCCAAAUAUUUUAUCCCUCCUCUUAAAGGGUCCCGAGAAUCCGGACAUAAGCCUCAAUAUGGGAUCUAUGCUCAGAGAGUCUAUCAGAUAUGAACAGAUCGCCAGAAUUAUUCUUGGAAGUGAAAAUUUCUGGAAGUAUUUCGAAUAUUGCACAUACGACUCUUUUGAAACGUCUACCGAUGCGUUUUCCAUACUUUCGGAACUACUUACUGUACAUAAGAAAGCGGCUGCUGACUUUUUUGCAGCCAAUAUGAAUCAGUUCAUCGAAAGUAUCAAUAGAUUGAUCGUCUAUCCAAACUAUGUGACCAAGAGAGAGUCAAUCAAGCUUCUUUCUCAACUCAUACUUACCAAGGCAAACUACUCUCUGCUGACAACCUAUGUUAGUUCUCCUCACAAUCUCAAACUCAUCAUGAUUCUAUUGGGAGAUAAGUCGAAGAAUAUCCAGCUUGAGGCCUUUAACAUUUUCAAAGUGUUUGUGGCAAACCCACGUAAGACCAAGGCUAUCACCGAUAUUCUAGUGAAGAAUAGAGACAUAUUACUGGAAUUCCUUCCUACUUUCAACACAGAUAGAAAAUAUGAUGACUUGUUUGUGGCGGAAAAAACCUUUGUCAUCGAGCAAAUCGAAAAGCUUCCGAAAAUUGUACUCACAACUCGCGAAAACACCCCACUGCAGGAUUCGCAAGAACUUGAGGAGCAUCAAGAGCAGGCUUUGAAAGCAUCAUACAAGAUAUCAGGCGAACUGCAGGUUCGGGAUCAGCCAAUGACCCAGAUUUCGACCGCUCACUAUUCAGAUCCAAAGUCGUCUGCCCAGAACGUGUAUGCCAACACAAAAAGGGCUUUAGCAUCCGGAGGAGGAACAGGAACAGGAUCCGGAACCGGAACAACUGCUGCUUCAGACUUAGAUCCUCGAUCAGGCUCUGGUGUGGCUCAUAGAGAGACACCUAUUUCGUCGUCGUCUCCACCGAAUAUCGAUAAGUAUUGA